AUGCUCGCACCGCCAGGACCCGAGGACGCAAACGUUUCAUCCCCUGGUUCCGGGGAGGCGUUCGAGGCGGACGGGCGGCGAGUUCUCGGCGUCCUCGCCCGUCUUGCAGGGUCCGUGCCACCGGACGUGGCCAUGCCGCUGGCCGAAAGCCUGCUGGAGAUGCUGCAGGACCUAGUGGCCACCCCGGAGACCUCGGCCGCUUUGGUGGCGGCCCUGCACAUGCUCUGCUUCGCUCAGGCAACGACGGAAGAAGCUGGGGCGGCCAUGUGCAACGAAUGGGCCAACUCUGCGCUCACCAACUUCGAGCAGCUGCUGGACGUGUUCGUGUACCAGGGGAGCGAGGCUCUACGAGACCACAGCGGCGCCCGGGCUUGCGGAUUCGACAUGGCCAUCCUGGUGGAGCGGCUUAUCUUUGCCGUCGGCGAGGUAGCCCUGGUUGGCUUCACGAGCAAGGAGGACGCAGCAGGACCCUCCGAUCCACAGGCUCCGGGCGCCGGCAAGAAGUCGGCGGAGAUCACUGCACGCCCCACAGCGUCUCCGCGCCUCGUUGAGCUUGUUCAGGUGCUCCUCCCGCCGCGCCUUCCGACGUCCGCGCACGGAGUGGAGGAAGGAGAGGAGGGGCCAGAGACACCCUCGCCGGUCAGGGCUUUGGCGUUCGUCACCCUUGGCAAGUUGUGCCUCAGGGACAAGGCCUUGGCGAAACGCAGCGUCAACCUCUUCGUGAGGGAGUUGGACACGGCAGCGGCUCCCGCCGUCCGGAGUAACGCCCUCGUCGUCCUUGGAGACCUCUGCGUCAGGUACACAGCCAUGGUAGACCGACACGUGGCAGCCAUGGCCGCUUGUCUCCAGGACCCCCACCCCCUAGUCAGGAGACACGCGAUCCUCCUCAUCAGCCAGCUCCUGCUGCAGGACUACGUGAAGUGGAGGGGGCUUCUUCUGUACCGUUUCCUGGCGACACUGGUGGACUCCGAUGCCUCCGUCAGGGAUCUGGGAGCGUUUACGCUCACCCGUCCGCUCAUCACCAAGACUCCUGGCCUCUUCGCUCAAAACUUCGUGGAAACGCUGUUCGUCCUCAACAACUACUCGGAGCACCCGUGCUACGCGGCGGCGGCGGCGGGCCGUGCAGACGCCGGGGGAGGGGUGACCAUGGACGGAAUCGAUCUGGGAGGGGAUGAUCCGGCACAGAUCCGCAAGCGCAUGUCGGUGUACUCGACGAUGCUAGAACACAUGUCGGACGAGCAGAAGAUUACCGUCACCGCGAAGCUCGCCCAAGAGGUACUCUCUGCCGUCAUCGACGGCGGCCUCCCAUUAGCCAAUAGCACCGGUUCCGCCACGUCUAAUUCCGCCGCAUUUGCGAACGGGAACAAGAACGGCGGGGGCGCGAAAGCGCGCAAGAAGGCGUCGUCGGUGGUGAAGGAUGCCCUGACGAUCAUGGCAUCCGCCGGGAUCAGAGUGGGUGGGAGAGGGGGUGCGGCUGCGGCUACAGAAGCAGACGAUGGCUCAGUGCCUGUAAUCUGCAACCGUCCCGACAACGCGACGCUGGUUGCCCUGAAGCACCUCAUGGAGAAAGUGGUGCCGAUCCUGACGGCCCUCAAGCACGUCCUCGAGAGGUCACACUCGCCGCUCCUCCGAGAGAUCAUGUUCUACUUCGGCGAGCUCUUCAGGAGCCACAAAGAGGAAGUUAAGGCUGUCCUGGCUUCUGAGCCGGGACUGGUUGACGAGAUUGACUUCGAUCUCCGGAGAUUUGAGAAGGAGGAGUACGAGAGGAGGCAGAAGGCCAAGGAGGCCGCUGCUAUUGCAGCGGCGGCGGUGGCGGUUUCCGGUGCUGGCAGUGGCAUGGGCCCUCCGAGAACUCCGAGCAACAGGAGGCGUUCUUCGAUGGGAGGUGGUGGUGCCAGCGGGAGGCGGGCUUCAUUUGCCGGGCAGAGCUUGAGGGACGCGUGUACACCUAUGGCGGCGGUCCAGAAGUCGGCCCGCAAGACUCCCUUCCAAAACCUGGGCGCUUGCUCAGCGGUUAAGCUCAAGGCCUCAACGCCGGGAGCUUCAUCCAUAAUCAGCCCCGCACGGCCGGGAGGUGGGGGCCGGGGCAGUCGACCCAAGACACCUGCCCAGCUUCGCACUCCUCGCCAAGCCGUAGCUGCCGCCCUGGGCAACUCCCCAAUGGACACGGACACGAGUCCCGUUCCCAUCAGGAACAUGCUCAGUGACCGGACGCCGAAUGGCAAGUCUUCAGGUCCAUCCAAAGGCAGGGGUGAGGGUGCGGGCGUGGCGGACAUUGAGCUGGCCUCUCCCGUUAACCCGCACCCGGCCAAGAAGCGUCGGUGGGCGGUGUCGGUUCCACUACCCGCAGAGGGGGAAGAUGGUGAUUCUGGCGAGGAGGAGUUCGACGGCGGCGGCGUUUCCACCAUGCGGGGGGGCACGGCAUCUACCCGUCGGGACGAGGAAGAAUCGGCCAAUGAAACAGGUCCGGAGGAGGAGGUUGGGGAGAAGGAAAACAACCCCUUGUCCACCACCAAAACUCCUUCGUCUGAUAGAAACGCUGGUGAUUUGAAGAGGAGCGGCAAGGACAAGACUGCCACGAAGAGUGCGAAGGCUCCCAUUGUCUCUACGGCAGCGUCUGGAGGGAAGGGUGGGGGGGGAAAGGCGUCCGUCUGUGGGAUUGAACAAGGCGCCAGGAAGGCUAAGGCCGGUGCUAGGAAUCGUGCCAAGCAGGAGGCCAAGGUCGCCCCUUCCAACAUAGCAUCCGCGGCAAAGCUGCGGCCGGUGCGACGGUCAUCACGUGCUGCCCGAGGAUGAAGCCCCACACGUUCGACAUUUUCAAGAUCGCGAGGACGCAGGAUCGAAAAAGGGGCUGGCGCUCUUGUGACAUCGGGUGCUUCCCAGCGGGAGGGAUGCAGAGCAUUAGUCGGUGUCGGUUGGGGGAUGGAAAGUAUCCGGUAGAUGGGGCAGUCUCGGAAACGGCUGGUGCUUUCGGGGGUAUCUGGACGGGGUUCGGAGAUAGCCGAAUUAUCAGUAGCGAUAUGUGAUGCGGGAGGGGGGGUGCCGCACGGUUAGGGAGUUGGCCCGAGGGUGUUUGUUUUACCUGUCUCGCGUUGAUUCGAGGUUAAUUGUUUUGGGGCUGGUUGCUUGCGUUGGUGACGAGGACAGGCUUGUUGCAAAGUUCUUCAUUCUCCCUACAAUGAUUAAUUGGAGCUCGUGUAUAUGUACAAGGGUGAGCCGCAUUCUGCUUGUAACCGGUUGGGUUGCGUUGUUACAAGGGCCGCUGGCGUGGCACCAACGGCAACCCUGUUCUUGAGAGCGACAGAAUGUUCGAUGGACGUAUUUGUAUACGUUACCGACUGCGUUAAGAUGGCAAUGUCUGAUUGGUGUUUCUAGCUGGAAGGAGCUCUCAUGGAUGUCGAAAGUGGCCAUGCAUAGCCCCCGCCGUAGUUUCAUUUCUUUGCUGGCGUUAGUAGCAAGCACGUUGGCAAGUGAAGAAGAUGUCGCGCUCAUGGGAAAGCCGUACAAGCGAAGACUAUUGCAAGAUAAUGCAGAUUAGAUGCGUGAAAACAAAAGCCACGGCCUACCUGGGUACGAGAAGAUGAGCACUCAAGACCGGCACCGGAUGAACCACGAGCCCUCACCUGCUGGCCGUGGAAUUGUCCACUGCAGGCUUGGUUAGUGGAAGGGUCUCCAGAUCGAAAUUAAUGGGUUUUCUACGGUAUCCAGACACGAGCUGUUGAGCCAACGAAGGAGGGUCGACCGGCGGCCAUGUAUAUGGAUAGGGAUUAUUCAAAACAAAGGGAUAUGGAAUGGUUGGUUCAUGCAAGCCGUAUUCAAAUAAGGGCAGGUAGGUGCACUGCCGGCAUGCUAGAUGUAGAGGAAGCAGAGGUUGCGGCACAGGUAAGAACUAUCUUCAUCUGUGGCAAAACAGUAAAUAUUAUAUCAAUUUGUCCCUCUCGGAAAGUGGAGGGUAAAUCAAUGCGCGUGUGGGCCUGGCCGAUGCGUUGCUCCGGGGUGGUAUGAAUAGGAAGUCAAGUAAGGGUAUCGAUUUCAAUCCUCUUCUUGUAGUUGCGAGGGUUGACAAAAGGCAAAGGCAAGUCAUCAGGGGAACCAAGCGGUUGUAGCAUCAGAGGGCUAUUGCCAACCGGACUGAAGGCUAGCGUCUGGAGAAUUUCCUUUCGUGGAAAGGCGAGGUAGGGUCGUGUUGGCCAAGGCGGUCGGGGGGCAUUGACGUUGCAUGGACUUUAUCAAUGGCGGGAAGGCCGCGGUUGCUGUGCGAAACGUCGACAUGUCAAUAUCCUUGGGUCUGG